CUCCCUUGACCUAAUCUAUUGAUCACACCUCCGAUAUUUCUCCGACGGUCGUAUAAACCCUUUUCCGGUCGCCGCCUCCUUCAAGAGUCGCCAUUCUCGCAGUUUAGUUAGUGGAAGAUAUGAUUAAAAGGAGGUUUUACAAGCAAGAACAUGGGGAUAAAGAUGCUGCCUCUGGUUCGUCUUCAUCUUCGGACUCUGAACUGGAUGCAGAAGCAUCAGUAGAUACAGAAGAAGAGGAAGAUUAUGAUAACAACAUGGUCGUGGAAUCAAGGAAAAAAGACCAGCCUUGCUCGUCAUCUUCUGGAUAUGAAAGCGAGGAUAGCUCAGGAAAUGAAGUUAAUCUUGAUGCUUCAGGUCUACCCACAAAUGAUGAUGUCAGUGAAGGUGAGAAUUACAAACAAGAUGUGAUUGACACCCGAGUGUCUGCUGAUAACCAUUCUGAUAAGAAUACUACAGUCACAACUGAUGUUAUGGAUUGUGUUUUGAAAAGUAAAUCUGUUUUCAAGUGCAAGUUAUGCCCAAGAAUCGUCUGUCUAACUGAGGAAACAUUAAAGGCUCAUCUCAAAUCCAAGAGGCAUGCUCGAUCUGAAAAACUAUUGAAGGAAGGCAGGCUUAAGAUGAUGCUAAAUAGUGAUGGAGAAAUAGAGGGAGAAGAAGACGACGGAGAAACUCACCAGGAGAGGCAUGCGGCAACUCUUGCUCUUGUACAGUCAAACAAGAAUGCAUCACAGAAGUCGAAGAAAAACAAAGGGAGACAGAGACAGCGGAAGAGACUAAGGAAGAAAACAUCUGAUGAUUCGGUGGCCAAAAAACCGAAAAAAUCGGCCAAGAAGCCUAAAAGUGACAUCUGAAGGGCAAUUUGCUGCAAGCAAAGAUAGUUUACAGAAAAGAGAAGACGAUGAAAUAGCAUAUUUUUGUGCGUUACUUGGAAGUUUUGUUGGGUUCGUGCUCAAUGUCACUUUAAAUGUUGGUGUGUUCGUUUUUGGGUUUGCUAGAUGUAAUCCGAACCAUUAAAUAUGGUACAUUGUCGUGUUUCAACCGUUUUCUGGACCGUUGAGUUUUGCCAACGACAAUAGAGGAUAGUUUGCGCUAUUUGAUUCACACCUUUUUGCAAGAAC